CUGUCGUUCUCCACAUAGUCUGACCGGUCUCUCUAAUAUCUUCUCUUCGCUUCUGUUUCCCUCUUUUCUAUAAAAAUCUCUUAUCUUCUUACUCACUCUCGCCAUUUUUCUACUUCCUUUAUCCACUCUUUCUUGUCGGUGGUGCUUACCAAUCUUAAAAAAAAAAAAAAAAUUCUCUAUCUCUCUCUCUUGCUCUCUCUCUCUCUCUCUCUCUCUCUACUCCAAUAUAUAUCUUUGAUCGGUUCGAUUCUAGGGCUUGGUCGACGCAGACCGAUCCUCGUAACUCCCUAAUUGAGUACUUGAAUUUGUGAUUCCCGAGAAAAUAUAAGCUUUGGUUUGAGUUAAGAGCAACGAUCGGGGCUGAAAUCGCUUUGAUCUUUCGAAGAUUAUAAAGUUUCAGAGCUAUUAGAGGCGUUUCAGAUCUUAAAGGAGGGAAGAUGGGUUCUCUGCAAGGACCGGUUAUUUGCCCUGCUUUCCGAGCAAAACAAACUGGAGUUUACACUGUGUCUGUUAGUGGGCCCUUAAUGAAGGCUAAAUUUCUUAGAAGUGGAUUCUGGGGAUUCAAUGGUACCAUGGGUGCUAGGAUUAAUGUGAGUCAUCAACUACACGUGCAACGGUGCAAGAAGGUGCAUUGUGGUUUCAGUUCAUCUUCCAAUGGUAACGGUAGUAUGGCAGAGAAUUUCAAUGAGAAUGAUGAAGAUUACGUCAACUCCAGUGUUGUUGAAGCACUUGAGGUGAAGAGUGGCCCAGAUGGUUUUAUGAUUAAGAUGAGAGAUGGUAGGCAUUUAAGAUGUGUUCAUAACAACCCUCAGGGUGGACAUCUGCCUGAUUAUGCUCCACAUCCUGCUAUUGUAUUGAAGAUGGAAGAUGGGACUGGCCUUCUCCUCCCAAUAAUUGUUUUGGAGAUGCCAAGUGUGUUGCUCAUGGCAGCUAUCCGCAAUGUCCAAAUCGCUAGGCCCACUAUGUAUCAAGUUGUAAAGGAGAUGGUUGACAAGAUGGGCUAUGCAGUGAAGGUUGUUCGAGUCACCAAGAGGGUACAUGAAGCAUAUUUUGCUCAGUUAUACCUCACGAAGUUGGGUAAUGAAACGGAGAGUGUUAGCUUUGAUCUUCGACCUUCGGAUGCCAUUAACAUUGCAGUAAGAUGCAAGGUGCCUAUACAAGUCAACAAAUACUUGGCAUAUAGUGAUGGGAUGAGGGUCAUUGAAUCUGCCAAGGUGUCAAUGCACGCCUCUUCAGAUGGCCUACUAUUUACAGAACUAGACCGGCCUAGUGGGCAGCCAUGCAUUGAAACAAAGGAGUUUGAUCUUGUGCGCAAUAUGCUGAUUGCUGCUGUUGAGGAACGGUACAGAGAUGCAGCUCAAUGGAGGGACAAACUGACUCAACUCAGGUCCAAGAGGAAUUGGGCAUAGCAGGUAUAAGGCUUCCCAUUUUCUUCCGUCGUUGGUUUAAACAGUGUUCACCUGUGAUUUGCACCAUGUUCUCCCUCCUCCCCCUCUCUCUCUCUCUCUCUCUCUCUCUCUCUCACAACAAGGAUGGGAUUUGUACAUAUAAACCAUUGGUUAAAGUUGAUGAGGUGGGCUUCAACAGUAAUUAAUCAUUUAUCUUCCCCGCCCCCCCAAAAUAUGUAUGAAACAGGCUUGUGCAUAUCUGUAUAGAUGGACAAACUUGGGACUGUUGGUAUAAUGUUGAUUAUGCAAGACUCGCUGAUUUCUGAGUAAAUUUUCGGUC